AUGGGCGACGUAACCGAACAGCAGCCGAUGGAGGUGCAGCCCAGCGAAAGCCCGCUCGAGGAGCCAACACCGUCCGAUACCCCGUCAUCCGAUGCACCGCCAUCAUCGACGGGCGCGAUCGCCGACAGCGGGGAGGAGGCCGAAGGCACCAAGGACCCGGAAGCCCCGCCGCCUGCUACGAUUCUUCCUGCAAAUCCGACUGCCGUGCCAGCUGAAUCUGAGGCGGGACGUCCGGCCGGCGCUUCGACCGCUACAGGCCUCCCGACGCGCCAAUUCCUCGAUCAGACCAUCGUGCCAAUCUUGCUGCAAGGACUAGGCAGCUUGGCGAAGGAGAGGCCAGAGGAUCCGAUCCAGUACCUCGCCGACUUCCUGCUCCGCGAGAGGUCGAACAGUCAUAUCGUCGGCCAGAAUCGCCUCGACAUCAACCUUCCGCCAGCAAACGACCGUCGUCCCGCUCCUCGUCGCCUCGGAGCGGGGGCCCCCCGUCGUUCCAAUUCGCCUCUGGGUUUUGUUGACUGCCCUUUUUUCCCGUCCACUCCGCGGGACGAAAGACGGCGUACACCAGACCCAAGAAAGCUGACUGACAUGGUCGCGGCCAAACUAUGCUAUGACCGUUACCGCGACUUCACGGACAUUGGAACGAUCGACUUCCCCAUGCGCAACCCCAACCUGGGAAUUUUCUCGCCGAUUUUCGAUGCAGUCGACACUGUGAAAGAUAUACAUCUAGAUAAUUGGUCUGCCAUGCCGGUUCGUACGUUGCUCGCCGACAACUCGCAUGAGGCCUACAAAUCUCGCCAGCUGGUUCCCCGGACUUGGUUUGGCCCAGUGGUGCAGCACGCCAUUAGCGAAAACAACAACAAGGUGCUGUUCUUCAAAAUGAUCACCUGGGUGAACCGGUUUCACGACGCAGCAUUUGAAACUGUCGAUGCCCAGUCACGAGGAGAUAUGUCUCUCUUUGGCACUAGGAAGCCUGCGAAGAUCGUGCAAAUGUCUCGGCUACUACUGUCCCUCGCCGUUGGCCUGGCACACCAGCAAGAGUUCAUCAAGCGCUUUCCGGAGCUUGUUCGCCGCAUGUCGGAAUUUGAGGAUCGGACCUCAUUUCACCUCGGAGAAACGCGUGGUGCUGCAGAGGGGCGUGCACGCGUCAUCGAAAUGCACAUGAAGAAGAGGUCGACCCUGACGUUGGAAGUGAUGAAAGAAUUCUGCGAACUGAAAGAAUACGAAGAAGGGGAUUGGAUCACGAUCUACAACGAGCUGGCUGCCUCCUAUCGGCGAUUUGAGCCGGUGAGUGAGCUGGACCUCCAGACUGAAAUGACCGACGUCUUCGAGGGUCAGCUACAAGUGUCCCACCAUCGGCUCAUCUUCCACGACGAGUACAAAGACAAUCUGAAGAAGGCGCGAUAUGGUGAU